UCUAAAGUUCGCCUUUGCCGGGAGAUUACAAGUGAAGGGGGGGAGUUGGCCGGUUUUCCACAGAAUCACCUCUCAACAGUUCCUUUCCCCCCCCACACACCCCUCCUUUGCCUUUUUAAAGGGAGAGAAAGAGAAACAAAGUUGUAUAAAGGAGAGGCUGGUGGCAAGAGUGUAGAGGAGUAGCAUAUGGCACUAAAAGGAGCACAGCUGGAGGUAGCAUUUCCAUCUGAACAUGAUGUCAGAGCAGCUGACAGGCUGCCAUCCCCCAGUCUUUUCUUCUGCCGCACAGACUGCGAGUUAGUGUGUGUGCGGAUCUGUGUGCAGGAGGAGGCAUCGCGUUCCCCUCCAACAUCUCCUCCACUUUGCAUCUGUCCCUCGCAGUUUGAUUUUUUUCCCUGCACUCUCUCUCUCCCUCUCUCUCUCUCUAUCUCUCUCUCUCUCUGUGUCUUCCUCUCCUCCUCCUCCUACUAGCCUUUCAUUGAUUUUGAGAAGGGAGCUACAGCAGGCGCUACCACAACAGUGGACUUAAUCAAGUUGAUGCGAACCGCAGGUUAUGAAGACAGCAUGGAGUUUCCGGACCACAGCAGACAUUUACUGCAGUGUCUGAGCGAGCAGAGGCAUCAAGGCUUCCUGUGCGACUCCACCGUCCUGGUGGGCGAUGCCCAGUUCCGCGCCCACCGCGCCGUACUGGCCUCGUGCAGCAUGUACUUCCAUCUCUUCUACAAGGACCAGCUGGACAAGCGGGACGUGGUGCAUCUAAAUAGUGACAUUGUAACGGCACCAGCGUUCGCACUGCUCCUCGAGUUUAUGUAUGAGGGCAAGCUGCAAUUUAAAUCCCUUCCUGUGGAGGACGUGCUGGCAGCCGCCAGCUAUCUGCAUAUGUAUGACAUUGUCAAGGUAUGCAAAAAGAAGCUGAAACACAAGGCCACGGCUGAAGCAGACAGCACCCGGCGCGAAGAGGACGCCUCCAGCUGCUCGGACAGAGCCGAGAGCCUCUCGGAGGGCGGCAGCGCCAACCUACUGGCCAGCGAUGACGAUGAGGACGAGAGCAAGCGGGAGAGCCAGUGCCCGCAGGAGCCAGCCAGGAUUUGGGCUCGCCUGGCGUCGGAGCGCACGGCCAGCCCCGGAGAGGCCGAAGCGCAUGGCAAAUCGCCUGCUGUCGCCGCUGCAAGUCCCAGCAGCUCAACAGGUUCGCUCUGUCCAACUGGUGACUGUGCACUCGACCUGUCGGUAAAAUCAAACAUGAGCGCCACUCCGGGUGAAACCAGGAACCCGUAUUUGUGUGGCUCAGCCACCCCAGACAGUCUACACAGCGCCCUGGUGCAAGUCAAGGUGGAGAAGGACACGGGCUCAGACGAUGACGAGCUGCCCAGCACUGAGUACGAGAUGGAACACAGCGGCCUGAAGGAGGAGACGCCGAAUGCGAAUGGCAUACAUAUUGGGCACAACGGGCACAGCGUCCAGCGGCUAGGCCUGGGCCUAGAGGCGCACCUGACAGCACUGCGAGAGGCCUCUCUGGAGCGUGACAGCAAGGACGAGGGAGAUGGCGAGGUGCUAGGCGGUGAGACAGAGCGGGCGCAGGAGAGCCCGCUGCUUCCCUACGUGUCGGGCAUGUUGAGUGCGGCGCACGCGCAAAUCUUCAUGUGCCCCCUGUGCAACAAGGUGUUCCCGAGUCCACACGUGCUGCAGAUCCACUUAAGCACGCACUUCCGCGAGCAGGAAGGCGCACGCACUAAACCGACUACCGGCGACGUCAACGUGCCCACAUGCUCCAUCUGUGGCAAGACGUUCUCAUGCAUGUACACACUAAAGCGGCAUGAGCGGACACACUCGGGCGAGAAGCCCUACACGUGCACCACAUGCGGCAAGAGCUUCCAAUACUCGCACAACCUGAGCCGGCAUGCCGUGGUGCACACGCGCGAGAAGCCACACGCCUGCAAGUGGUGCGAGCGGCGCUUCACGCAGUCCGGAGACCUGUACCGUCACAUCCGCAAGUUCCACUGCGAACUUGUCAACUCGCUCUCAGUGAAGAGUGAAGCGCUCAGCCUUCCCACUCUCCGAGACUGGCCGCUCGAGGAUAGCUCGCAAGAACUGUGGAAAUGAAAGCAAAGAAUACACAAAUGAAACUGCUUUUUAAGUUAAGACAGAGCGAGCAAGAGAGGCAGAGAGGUAAGGAAGUAGGGAGGCAGGAAGAUGGUUGAAAGGUCUGAAUCAGUCAUGUUUCUUAUAUAUACAUUGCUUAUCUCGUUCAAUUGCACUUUACUAGCACAUGAAAAUGUUACUACUGAUUUUCAUUUUCUGGUCAAUUUAGUUGUGGCUUUUUUUUUGUUGGUUUGUUUUUCUUUUACUUAACGUAGGUGAUGGCUACAGCGUACACCUUUGUCAUAAAAUGUGCAAAUCUAGAUCUGACAGUGUACACACGUACACACGUACACUGCUUGAUUUUAUUUAACAUCCAUGCCAUGAGAACGCAUUAUGAAGAUUUCAGGUAAUACACUGAGGAAGUUCAAAACUGAUAAGCAUUACACUAAACGGGUACUACGAUCCUAUAUUGACCUGUACACAUAAUUGGCUCGAUUAUGAGUCUGUGUAUAUAUAUAUCGUGCACUACUACUACUACUAUACGAUUAUUUUGCAAAUCUCAUACUAGUGUGUGUGUGUGAGAGUGUCUGUGUGCGGGUGUGUGGGUCCUCAUGCACGCAAACGCAGUAUGUUAUCAAGUAAGUCCUUUAAAUCCUGCGAGGUUGUUUGCUCAAUAAAGCUCCAAGCUUUUGUUAUUUAGGCUCUUGUAUAAAUUUUCUUUUUUUCUGAAUUGUGAUAGGAAACCUGACUGAUAGAAGACAAAAAGGCACUCAUGCAAUGUACAGCCUCCUUUUUCAUAUCAACAGACUCGAUUUUAUAUAAUUUAAUGACCGGACUGAUGAGUUGAUGUCUUUAUUUUCUUUUAGUUGCAGACCCUCAACACUUAUUUUCCGCUGGGAAGGUGUUUUCAUUUGCUCCGUUUAUAGAGAUUUCUGUAGUGUUUUAAGAAAUGAUUUGGUUUCAUUUAAAAAAAAAAAAGGAAAAAAAACUGGGAUCUGUUGUUGCAUGAUGUCCAAUUUGUAUAUUUAAGAAGAUGUGAAUUGCUGUAUUGCUGUACACUGUAAUAGACACAGUCUUUACAGUCAGGGCACCCGUCUGUUUAAAUAAAAAAAAUAUAUAUAUCUAUAUAUAUUAUAUAUUUACCUUAAUAUUACAGCUGUAGAAAUUGCAUGAAUUUUAUUUAACUAUUAUUUCUGUUGUUGUUUUGCAUUGAAAAGUGUAUUUUUUAAUUAACUCAUUUGCUUCCUAAGUAGUCUUUUUUUCUUUCUUUUUUUUCUUCUUCUCCUUCUUUAUUUUUUUCUGUAAACUCUCACUAGAGAGUGACUCCUGUUAAGAUGUUCUACUGGGCUGUGAAGAUUGUGUUAAUGCACUGAUGUUAGGCUGCAGUAUGUCUCUGGCCGACUGAUCUUGAGUGUGUAGCAUGGAGCUGGGUGUCAGCAGAGGCUUCAUCUCUCUGAACAUCUUUUCCAAAGCUAGUGCCGCUCCUGCUUAGCACCUCCUCACACACUGCUGUUCUCCACUGCUGGUCUCCAACUGCUGUCUCCGUGUCAUGUUUACUCGCUGUUAGCAUUUAAAAAGUGUCGCCUUUUUUGUUUUGUUUUAAUUUAUUUAUUUAUCUGUUCGAUUGGCACUUGCAGCAAAUUCUGUGGCCACGAAGAUUCAGUUGCCAUUAAAACCCAUAUGAGAGUGUGUCAGUUUUGUAAAGAUGGGCUCAGCAGAUUUGCUGUGUAUGGUGAACACUGAAGAAUCAGCAAGCAGCAUAAAGCUCUGAGAGUGUGUGUGCGUGUGUGUUUGUAUAGUUUCUAUUUAACAGAAAAAAAUGUUUGUCAUGCUUGGUUGCACCUUUAAAAAAAAAAUAAGAAAAAAAAGAAAUUAGAUGCUAAAAAGAUGCCUUUAAGAUUUUAACUCUUGAUCAAAUUGACAUUAUUACAUAAAUACCAGAGCUAUAAAAGCUAGAUUAUUGAAGACUAAAAGUAGUUACACUGCUGUAGAUGGAUUUUUUUCAACGUUGUGUAUGCGUUUAAAUUUAUUUUUUUGUUUUUAGAUCUUUUUUUCCAUUUUGUUUUGUAUAAAUUAAAAUCAUCUGUCAUUUUCUUACUGAAUGUGGAAAAAUUGAACAAAAGCUCAAGAUAUUAUUUGUUAGUUAAAAAAAAAAAAAAAAAAAAAAAGCUAAAUUCGGAAGAGUGCUGUUGGAGCCUCGGACACUAACACUUGAGCAAGAGUGAAGUUUAAGUGAGAGAAGAAGAGAGGGCGAGAGUGGAGAGCUCGCGUGCCUCUAUGGCCUCAAGGGCCCUGAGCUUCCCAGUAUACAAUAGGUUGUUGCAACAGCUAGUGGAAAAGGGUUGAGAUUUGCCAACAGCAUUCGCUCCUCGUGCCGUUUUUGCACGGUGGUACCUUUUACCUUUUGCACUCAAAAUGUGAAAGAAGAAAAAAUUAUUUGUGGGGAGGGGGUAUUUUUCUGAGCAUUUUUUUUCCCUUGCUUUUGUUUUAUGCUGGCUUUUACUAUAUCGUACUUGACCGCCUUAAACUACUGUUAACAGCCUACUGAUGCUCAGAGCGGGAGAACUGGAACUGGCAAGUUACUGGAUGUAUUUUUAUUUCACUUCUGUUCACUGGCAAUGAAGCUGUGAAAUGGAGUAUGAAGCAUGUCCACAAAACAGAUGAACCUUUAGUUUACUUGAAAACUGGAAACAGCCAGUGUGAAGAAGAACAACAAAAUUUAAAGCGAGUGUGUAGGAGGUGGUAGAGAAUAAAAAUAAAGUUAUGUCAAAAAAAAAAAAAAAGGACAAUCGCAUUCUGAAAAAGAGGCAGAUUGACUUCACAUGUAUUUGCUUCCCUUUUGAGAUUUUGGUAUGUUCACAUUGUUCUUUUUAUGGAGUUAGACAGUUAGCUUUGACAAUCAUAGUAUGUUUCAUUUUCUCAAGGGAAGUAAAUUAUGAGGCUGUUUAGUUUUGUACUUUUUGGUGUGCUGUUGGUGAAAUUUUUAAAUUGUGUGCAAACUGCAAUAAAUUAUAAGUACCUUCAUU